UGUUGUUAUUAUACUCAGAAUUAAAUAUUUUUGUUUUCGUUUUAAUUAAGAUCACCCUGUGCUAAGAGCAAGGUAUUUCGCUAUCAUUUGACAAUGCAACGCUUCCCAUUUGCUGUCACUGUCAACGCCGAUUUUAUUCAGGCGCAAAAUAUUUACAUUUCUCGGAUACAUUUGUUGAAAUAAUUAUAAAUUAUUAUAAGAAAAUAAUGUCGAAAUCUAAGAAGUCGGACAAGGACAAAUGUAAGGAUGACGAUUUGCAAUCUGAUACUAGCAGUAACGAGAGCCAUAGUUCCGAGUCCGAGUCAAGGCAUCGCAAGCAAAAACGUAUGAAAGGUGUCUCAACACAUUCAAGCAAGAAAAAUCGAUCCAACAAAUAUUCGGAGCAGCACGAAUCAAGUAGCAGCAGCUCUACCUCAACUUCUGGAAGUGAUUCAUCAGACACAGAUUCAGAAACUGAGGAGCGUAAAAAGUCAAAAGGCAGAGAGAAUGGUAGCAAAAAACGAGAAAAUGUUUAUGAGACCACAGAACGAGGGCAGCGUCGACGCCAGCGAAGUCGCGAGCGUGAAGAACAAAGUAGUGGUGGAGAACCGAAUGUCUCCAAAUGGGACAGUCCUGAUAGACGAACUCGACAACGUAGCAGAAGUAGAAGUCGGCAAAGACGCAAGCAGAGUAGGGAACGUGACAGGAGUCAUGAACGCGAUUUAGAGCGAUCGCGUAGUGAUCGUUAUGAGCGAGGAAAUAAAACACGCAAUGAAUACGCAGAAAGAGAUCAUUUACCGGAAAGACGUGACUAUCGAGAACGUUAUGCAAAUAGAAAUCACAAUGGUCAAUGGAGAGAUGAUCGAAUUAAGGGAUAUGACCGUUACAACGAGCGCAAGGAACACAGUCGUAGCCCGCGUGCUGUAAGGGAGCAUGGCAGGCCGCAUGGUGAUGAACGAAUUAAGCGAGAGCCCAGAGAGCCCUCUAGGCAACAAAAUUCACCAUCCAAACGUGGCCGGCCACAGCGUAGAAAUUCACGUGAUGAUGAUAGCAAAAACUAUGAAUGGGGUGGCAAACGAGCAAAUGAAAAGCAGGAUGCAAAUCCGACAAAAGAGGAGCCAAUCGAUAAAGAGAAACCAAAUUUUGGCCUAAGUGGAGCAUUAUUGGAAGACACAAACAAAGUGAAUGGAGUUGUUGUCAAAUAUGCUGAACCACCGGAGGCAAGAAAGCCAAAACGUCGUUGGCGUUUAUAUCCGUUCAAAGGUGAAACGGCUCUUCCUACAUUGCACAUACAUAGACAAAGCUGCUUUUUGGUGGGGCGAGAUCGUAAAGUGGCCGAUUUAGCUGUAGAUCAUCCCAGUUGCUCAAAGCAACAUGCAGCGCUACAAUAUCGCCUAGUGCCAUUCGAACGUGAGGAUGGUUCACAAGGUAAACGUGUGCGGCUGUAUCUAAUCGAUUUAGAAUCAGCCAAUGGCACAUUUCUGAAUAACAAAAAAAUUGAGCCGCGCAAAUAUUAUGAACUAAUUGAGAAAGAUGUUAUCAAAUUUGGGUUUAGUACUAGGGAAUAUGUAUUAUUGCACGAGAAUAGUAAAGAAGAUCAAGAGGAUGAUGACGUAUUUAUUAAACCAGAACCUGAAGAUGUGCCUGACGGACCAAAUCCUUGAGCGCAAACAGACCAGCAUAAGCAACCCGUUAAAAUACCAGACGAUACCCAAUCAAGAGUAUAAUCACUGCAUGUUACAUACAUCAAUGGUAAAGGGUCAUUUUGAUCAUUCAAAUAAAUAAUUGAUAUACCAACUUCAAACGAACUAAAGUAAAAAUUGUACAUUAAAUAUUGACCCUGUAUUUUAAA